AUGGAUCAUGUAAGCGAAGUUAUUUCAAGGGCAUUUCACGAAUCUGAAAUCGCAAAACGUUUUUCCUGUAGAAGAACUAAAUCUGCCGCAAUUGCCUACAACGUCUUAGGCAAUAACUUCGAGGAAAAAAUGCUUGCAAAAUUACGUCCAAGACCAGAAAAUGAAACUGAGAGAAGCCUAGUAUUUUCGCUCAUUAUCGACGAGAGCACAGAUGUCAGUACUACCAAGGUACUUGCAGCAGCAGUAAAGUACUACUCUGAAAAAUUGCAAUCUCCACAAACAAAAUUUUUGUGUAUGGUGGACUUAAAAGGUGAUACUGCGCAGGAUUUGUUUGAUAGUUUAACAUGUGCCUUAUCUGAAAAAACCUUAUUUUAA